CGGAGUAUAUAAUGGGGCUUAAUCCUACCGUAAUGUAAUGUAAUGCUGAAUGAUAGUUGUGAACAUAUGAGCUUGACACUUUCAUAAUACUAUAAAAUCAAGCUCUGACUGGUAUUACCACUGCGCUGCUUCUGGAUUCUUCAGCCAUGCGCUGGCAGCGCUUCGAUCGAUGGUUUGGGGCCCAUCUUUUGACCCUGGAUUGUCGGCUUGAUCGGAUUUGGAUCCCACUAGGUCUAAUUUUCGCAUUUAUAGGUGUGCUGAAGAAUACGUUUAGUAGAACGGUCGAGUUGUUUCUGGCAGACCACCCAGCUAUCUUCCCUAGUAAAACGAUCCGCUGUGUGCAGACUGUUAGAAUACCGUCGUGCCUGUUAGGAAUUUACCAAAAGAAUUCAAGUCCAAAGAAAAGAAGAAUAUAACAAGAUCCGUGACUAAACGCUGCAAGCAAUGUAGCAAAU